AUGUCUCGAAAAGUGCCUGCUCGCGACCAGAUCGUCAAAUUAAUUGUUGGCGCCGGUCAAGCAAGUCCUAGUCCGCCUGUCGGCCCAGCGCUUGGUAGCAAGGGAGUGAAGAGCAUGGACUUUUGCAAGAAGGAAUUCAAUGCCCGUACCGCUCAUAUCACUCCCGGCGUUCCUGUACCAGCACGAGUUGUUGUCCGUCCAGACCGCUCAUUCACAUUCGAACUACGGACACCUAUGACCUCCUGGCUCCUUCUUCGAGCCGCCGGCGUGAAAGAAGUGAAGGGUAAGAUACGAGGAGCGCAAAAGCCUGGCUCGGAAGUUGUUGGUACCGUGUCUCUCAAACAUAUCUACGAGAUUGCCAAGAUCAAGCAAAGCGAGCUGCGUCUGUCCGGUCUCAGCCUUGAGGGUCUAUGCAAGAGCGUCAUAUGGCAGUGUAGAUCGAUCGGCGUCAAGGUCGUGCCGUGA